AUGGAUGAAUACAGCCGCUUUGUGGAUUGGGACAAAAUGGAUGCUACUGUCCAGAGCCAGGAUGCCAAGGGGCUAACCUGCACGGAGUUCCAGGACUUCAAGCAGCCAGCCCGGCAGGGCCACUGGGCCAAGAACCACUCUCUGAGAGCCAAAGUGUACCACAAACUAAUUAACAAUAUCCCAUGCCGCACAGUGACCCCAGAUGCAAACGUGUACAGGGACAUUGUUGUGAAGCUAGUUGGGAAACGUAACAGUAGCUCCCUUCCACUGCCAGAGUUUGUGGAUAACAGCCUGAUCCCCACGUACUGUUUGAACGCAGAAGGCAUUGGGGCAGUCAGGAAGAUUAUAUUGUGCAUUGAGAAUCAGUUCCCAGACAUAUCGUUUUGCCCAGCACUGCCUUCUGUGAUAGCUUUGCUCCUCCACUACAGCAAAGAUGAGGCAGAGUGCUUUGAACAGGUUUGUCGCAUCCUUGCUUGCAAUGACCCGUCGAAGCGGCUCAUUGACCAGACGUUCUUAGCGUUUGAGUCCUCCUGCAUGACUUUUGGUGACCUGGCUAACAAGUACUGUAAGGCAGCACAUAAGCUGAUGGUGGCAGUGUCUGAGGAUGUGUUGGAGGUGUACUCCGACUGGCAACACUGGCUCUUCGGAGAACUGCCUCUGAUGUACAUUGCUCGGGUCUUUGAUGUAUUUCUGGUGGAGGGCUACAAAGUUCUCUAUCGCGUUGCCCUGGCUCUUCUGAAAUUUUUUCGCAAAGUCAGAGCUCAGCAGCGCAUGGAGUCUGACAGCAUCCAGCAGGAAAUUCGAGCUUUUGUGAGAGACAUUGCCACAUCAGUGUCUCCGGAGAGGCUUCUGGAAAAAGCCUUUGCCAUCCGCCUGUUCUCACGGAAGGAGAUCCAGCUUCUGCAGAUGGCCAACGAGAAGGCUUUGCAGCAGAAGGGCAUCACGGUCAAACAGAAAAGUGUUGCAUCUCCCAAAAGGCAGAAUGUGCACUUAGCAGUUCAUGCUGAGAACUUCAACUCUGAAAUUGUCAGUGUGAAAGAGAUGCGAGAUAUCUGGUCAUGGAUCCCAGAGCGAUUUGCGCUUUGCCAGCCCCUCCUGCUUUUCACCACCUUGGAACAUGGCAGCAGUCUGACCAGGUUCUAUUCUCAUACUGAGGGACACGAACCAACUCUUCUCCUCAUCAAGACCACAGCAAAAGAGGUCUGUGGCGCUUUUCUGUCAACGGACUGGAGCGAGCGCAAACGGGGAGGGAACAAGCUGAGUUUCUUUGGAACUGGGGAGUGCUUUGUAUUUAGGCUGCAGCCAGAAGUGGAACGCUAUGAGUGGGUGAUCAUAAAACACCCAGAACUGGCCACAACUAGUUCAGAGCCAGCACAUUGUGCCUCAGCAGAUUCCAGCACCCUCUCCUCCAGCAGCACGUCAUCAAACCUUUCUCCCUUCUUGUCGGCUCGGCGCUUGCCAUCCAAAACAGCCUCCAUGUUCAUGGCUGGCAGCAGCGAAUGCAUCAUUAUAGGAGGUGGUGAUGGCCAGGCUCUUUACCUCGAUUCAGAUCUGAACCAUGGAAGAACCAGCCACUGCAGUACUUUCAAUAAUCAGCCACUGUGUUCUGAAAGCUUCCAGAUCUCCGUCUUGGAGGUGUGGGGCUUCAGGGACACCAUGAACGGUUGA